UAGCAUUUUAUUUUAACUAUCCUCUCGAUACGAUCUAAGCUAAGAAAGUACCUAUCAUGAAGUAUUCUUAGAUAAUCUCUAGUAACGUAGGAAGUGAUUAUAGUGGGGGCUGUAAAAGAUGAUGCCAGAUUACACGAGCUCGUAGUAUCUACCAGUGUCAAUAUCAUCAAGUUGUAAAACUAACGGUGGUAUGCGCGGUGGGUGUGGUCCAGUGAGGUGACUCUGACUGGCGGGCACUGCGCCAUGGCUUCAACACACAAGGACUCCAGUAGGAAGCGCAGCAAAAUGCAGUCAGACCCGGUGUGGGCGGCGCUGAGCGCGGAGCUGGCGGGCACGGCGCUGCUGGUGCUGCUGAGCUGCGCGGGGGCCGCGGGGGGCGCCGCCGCCGCCGGCCUGGUCGUAGCUACUCUCAUACAGUGUUUCGACCACAUAUCGGGCGCGCACUUCAACCCUGUGGUCACACUCUGCGCCGUGGUCCGUCGGCGGGUGCCGCCCACCCUCGGGGCCAUGUAUGUCGUGGCCCAGCUGCUGGGGGCGAGUGCGGGGGCGGCGGCGGUGUGCGGGGCGCCCGGCGCGGGGGGUGAGGUCGGCAACUGUGUCACCAGGCUCGCGAGUGACGUCAGCACUAUGCAGGGUCUGCUAAUAGAGGGCCUUUUAGGCGCACUCCUAGCGCUGGCCAACUGCGCGUCGUGGGACCCGCGCAACCGCCGCCUGCCCGACUCCUGGCCGCUGCGGAUGGGCGCCAUCGUGGCCGGCCUCGUCACUGUCGCGGGUCCGCUGACGGGCGCCGGCAUGAACCCCGCUCGGUCCUUCGGCCCCGCCCUGCUCGCGCACUCCUGGGGACAUCACUGGUUAUACUGGCUGGGUCCACUCGGCGGCUCUCUGCUGGCGUCGCUCCUCUACACGUGGCUGUGGCACUCCCCCCCGGACCCCCCCGCGCGAGGGGACGACCCCCCCGCCCCCCGCGAGCCCUGCGGCAAGGAGGCCGACGCGCUCGUUGAUGGCUGUGCUUGAUGAUGAUUAGAGAUGUGUAUAUGGAUCCCUAAAGGGCGGUAUAGAGUCGCAGAGUUGUUACAUGUAUAAAAUGGCAAAAGCAGGCUUUUGUCUACUACUAAGUACUACACAUACCCACCAC